ACGUCCAGUUACCAGCGUGACACUAAAAACAGGGAGCUUUUGCUACUUUUUACUUCAAUACAUAUCAGAGCCCAAACUUCUUUACUUUAACUUGAGUAAAAACGUGUAGUCACUACUUUAAAUUUUAACUUUUAUCGUGUCUUUUAAAACACGAGUAUCUGUACUUCUACUUGAUUGAAGGGUGUGUUUACUUUUGCCAUCGCUGAUGGUGACAAAGGUAUGCUUUUCUAUGCUUUUGUAAUGUCUGCAUGCCGUCUCUUUCUUUCUUUUCUUUUGUUAUACCUGUUUUGAUUUCAAUAAAGUUGCUGUUAAUUAAUGUUUGCAAUAAAGAGAAAAAAAAAAGCAUAUGUUCUGACCAAUCAGAUUCAAGCAUUAAACAGCACAUUACAUAAAUAACUAUAGGCGAAAGUACAGGAAAAGACCGAAAAUUAUAUAUGUUGGUUCCAAAAUAAUGCCUUAAUUCUGCAAUUAAGCUAAAUUUGGCAAAUCCUGACGAUCAGUACAUGCCCUGACCUGUCAUUUGCUGUCACGCCCCUCAAACGAACCUAUCCCGACUUGCUUUUGCGUCGAGAGACUUCAUUUCCCAGAAUGCACCCCGCUUCGCCCUUGCGUGCCUUUCUCAAACAGAGGCUACGUUUUAAACGGCGUGGCAUCUCCUACACAAGUGCGCACUUCACGGAACACGAAUGAGGGGAGUUUAGUGCACUUGAUUUCGAAAGAUUGGCGGAUGGGAAUGGAGACAGGAGCGUCAACAGGUCCGGGCGAAAACAGCAUGGACGGUACACGGUAGCGUGUGUCAGUCGCCGUCGCCGUGAACGCAGCUGACUCCUGCGGGGUUUGUGGGACCUGGAGACGGGCGUGUGCGGGUUUGAGUGGGACUGUGAAGCCUGUGUCGCUGUGGGUAAAGCCUCCUGCGUGCUGAGCUGCCGCUGGGUUCGCGUUAGGGUUAGCUGGCUAAAUCUCAAGGGGAGUGGUUGUCCUAAGGGUCUAGUUUGUUCAGCAUUCCGUCCUGCAGAAAACAAAACAAAAACAACCAGAGAGAAAGUUUCUAUCAUCAGAAAAUUCGACAACCUUUCACCCAGAAAACCCACCACGCACAACAGCAUGAUAUCCGAACACCGUGCAAACGUUGUGCUUGACUGUGACUGAGAAUAGCACGCGAUUGUGGGCCAGCUGGGUGAAGUCAGGUUUCCCCUCAACAACACCGUGAGCUCUGCAAAAAGCCGUUUGUCUCUUCAGCUGUGCUUUGACCUGACCUUCCAAACCAUGGAGAGAUAGCGUGGAAAAAGGCAGUCGUUCUGCAAGUGUAUGUGUGCUGCCAAACCCCCUUGAGUGCAAGGAGUGUGUGUGUGUGUGUGUGUGUGUGUGUGUGUGUGUAUAAAAGGCUGGCAUGGGGAAUGGAGUGCAGGAACAUCGAGGGACUCUCACACAGAGUGAGAUGCUGCCACGGUCCCCCUCCAGCCAAUCAGAGAGUUGUAAGCAGGGCCGCACUGUGCUGAACUCGCUGCUCUCUGGAGCCUUCGCGGGAGCUGUGGCUAAAACAGCAGUCGCGCCGCUGGACAGGACCAAAAUCAUCUUCCAAGUGUCUUCAAAUAGAUUUUCAGCCAAAGAGGCGUACCGGUUGAUUUAUCGCACCUAUCUGAAGGAAGGCUUUCUGAGUUUAUGGAGGGGAAAUUCGGCCACCAUGGUGAGGGUCAUCCCCUACGCUGCCAUCCAGUUUUGUGCUCACGAACAAUACAAGAGGAUUCUAGGAGGCUAUUAUGGCUUUCAGGGCAAGGUUCUGCCUCCUGUGCCGAGACUCCUGGCUGGCUCACUGGCCGGUACCACAGCUGCCAUGAUCACAUACCCACUCGACAUGGUGCGUGCUCGCAUGGCAGUCACUCCGAAAGAAAUGUACAGUAACAUAAUGCACGUAUUUGUGCGGAUCUCUCGUGAAGAAGGACUGAAGACCCUCUACAGAGGAUUUACUCCCACUAUACUGGGUGUGAUUCCUUAUGCAGGCCUCAGCUUUUUCACUUAUGAGUCCCUUAAGAAACUCCAUGCAGAGAAGACAGGAAGAGCUCAGCCUUACUCAUACGAACGGCUGGGGUUUGGCGCGUGCGCCGGCCUUAUCGGCCAGUCAGCUUCAUACCCGCUGGACGUAGUACGCCGUCGUAUGCAGACAGCAGGUGUGACGGGCCACACGUACAGCACCAUUGGGGGAACCAUGCGAGAAAUCGUCUCUGAGGAGGGCGUCAUCCGCGGCCUGUACAAAGGCCUCAGCAUGAACUGGGUAAAAGGGCCGAUUGCAGUAGGCAUCAGCUUUAUGACAUUUGACCUCACCCAGAUCCUGCUCCGCAAGGUGGGAGUGCGAUAGAUGGUCGUUUUUUUUUUAGGGGUGAUACUGCCACUAAGAUGUCUGCCCAUGUCCCUCUAUCAGAGGUGGGCUGGAAUAGAAUAACAAGGGUCUUAUUUCUGCUUGUUUUGGACUUGAGGAAGAGUUGAAACCAGCCCACAUGCUGCUUGAGAAAGCAGGGAGUUUUACACACACAGACACAGAAAUGGGAAUCUAGUAAAAAGUUUGUGUUACCAUGUUUAGCAGGAAUGUGAAGUGACAUUUUAAUUGAUUUUUGUUUUCGAUUUUUGUUUUGUUUUUGAAGAAUCUCUUGGUACACACUAUGUGUGUGUGAUUGAAAUAGAAAUAGAGUUACAGACAGAA